AUGCCUGGCAGAGUCGCCGCCCGUUCGACUUCAGCAGCGACCCGUAGGUCAUCUGCACAACCGUCUACUGGACGCGCCCCCUCGGUGACUCCGUCCUUUGCGAUUCCCGAAGAGCCCGCCCUCCCCUCAUCAUCGCCCAACCUCCGCCGAGAUGUGUGUGCUAUAUUUGCAGAUGCUCAACGAUCAACCACUGGCCACCGCAAGCUCAUGGUGCGCUUGCGCAAGCUACAGGAAAUUUGCUGUGGCAUUUAUCAGAAGAACAAGAAGGGGACCGACCGAGAGCAGGAGGAUAUUGUGAUACCCGAAGAGGCGACGGUCGCCGAGAAGGAAUUCAAUGUCGAGGUUGGCCGCUGUGUGCUGCGUAUUCUUCCGAUCAAAAAGUCAGAGCCUGUCGGUGAGCGCGUCCUGCGCUUCCUGGACACUUUUCUCGCCCAUGCCUACGACAAGGAUAAUGAGCUUCUUCCAUCCAAGAACGAGGAGGAUGAUGGAAUGCAAUCUGCGCCCGAGACCCCGACUUCACGCCUGACUUCGAGUCUCGUAGACUUGAUUACGCCCGUUCUCGCCUCCAAGGACAAAGUGGUCCGAUUCCGCGCGGCCCAGAUUAUCGCACACAUCGUCAACACGCUCGAGUCAAUCGACGAUGAAUUGUAUCAUACCAUCCGACAGGGGAUGCUGAAGCGAAUUCGUGAUAAGGAGUCAUCAGUGCGCGUACAGGCUGUCAUCGGCCUGGCACGGCUAACUGGAAACGAGGAUGAUGAGGACGGCCCCGACGACAACUCCACGGCACUACUGGAGAAAUUGAUCGAGAUCAUGCAAAAUGAUACAAGUGCGGACGUCCGCAAGAGCCUUCUAUCGAAUCUCCCGCUAUCUCAAGUUACCCUUCCAUACCUUUUGGAACGAGCCCGCGACCUCGACGCUGUAACACGACGAACAUUAUAUUCGCGCCUUUUACCGACACUUGGUGAUUUCCGUCAUUUGUCCUUGGGCAUGCGAGAGAAGCUGCUGCGCUGGGGCCUGCGUGACCGCGACGAAAGUGUUCGCAAAGCCACUGGCAAGUUGUUCUACGAUCGCUGGGUCGAAGACUGUGCUGGUACCAACCAGGUCGAAAACGCGGGCCAACGAUCUGCCCCCAAUCAAAGCGCUCUCCUCGAACUGUUGGAGCGAAUUGAUGUCGUCAGCUCCGGUAUUGAAAGCGGUAUUGCCCACGAAGCAAUGCGUAGCUUCUGGGAGGGCCGCCCCGACUAUCGGGAAGCCGUUGUCUUCGAUGAACCUUUCUGGGAGUCCUUGACCGGAGAGUCAGCAUUCAUGCUCCGUACAUUCAACGAGUUCUGCCGUGUCUCGAACGAAGGAAAGUAUGACGAUCUCGCAGAUGAGAAGAUGCCCACAGUCACCGCACUGGCCUACUACCUCUCCAAGUACACCUCGGACUUGCUGCGGCGGAAGAAGCUUGGCAAGGGUACUGGUGAUGCCAACGACGAAGACGCAACUGAGAACGAAUUUAUUGUGGAGCAGCUAUUGUAUAUCGCAAUUACUUUGGACUACAGUGAUGAAGUGGGUCGUAGGAAGAUGUUCUCCCUCCUGCGAGAGUCGCUUGCCGUCCCAGAACUGCCAGAAGAAUGCACGAAACUUACAAUCGAGGCUCUCCGAUGCGUUUGCGGGCCAGACAUUGCCGGCGAGAGCGAAUUCUGCAGCGUGGUCCUCGAAGCUAUCGCUGAAGUGCACGACACCAUCAGCACCGAGGACAGCUUCGUGUCGGCCAAGUCGGAAAUCAGUGACGAUGCUAGCAGCCGCGCUCGAUCUGAGACGCCUGCCACUGAAGAUGAACGGCCGUUCAACAAGGAAGAAGCCAAGGCAAAGAUUCUCCGGGAGAUUGUGGUAAAUAUGAAGUGUCUCCACAUUGCGCAGUGCAUGCUUCAAAAUGUUGAGGGUAACUUGCAACAAAACAUGAACCUGCGUACCAUGUUGAACAGCCUCGUCGUGCCCGCCGUGCGAAGCCACGAGGCUCCUAUUCGGGAGCGAGGUCUAUAUUGCUUGGGUCUGUGCUGUCUCCUCGACAAGAAUGUCGCUGAGGACAACAUGACUCUGUUCAUCCAUUGCUAUAGCAAGGGCCACGAGGGCCUCCAGGUGACCGCCAUUCACACCAUCUGUGACAUGAUCACGACACAUCCGUCGCUGCUCGCACCAGUCACGGAAUCUGACGGAGAGACGGUGGCAACCCCCGCUAUCCAGAAACCUAUCUUGAAGGUGUUUUCUCGGGCUCUGAAGGCCAACUCUCCCGCUGCCGUGCAAUCGGCCGCUGCUACUGCGCUUUCAAAGCUACUGCUCACAAACACCUUCACCCCGUCUGGACCGAACGUGCCGCCUGGUAUCCAAGAAUUCAAUCAGAAUGCCGUCGAGACACUCCUGCAGAGCCUCGUUGUUGCUUUCUUCCACCCACGCACUCGCGAUAAUCCUGCUCUUCGUCAGUCGCUCGCGUAUUUCUUCCCUGUCUAUUGCCAUUCGCGACUGGAAAACACCCAGCAUCUGCGACAGGUUGCUGUUCCAGUCGUCCGAGCAGUCAUGAACGCCGCCGAGGAGUAUUACUCGCUCGAGGCUGAAGAGGACAGUGACGGUGAGAUUGACGAGAGUGUUGGCGAGCGUGAAGUCAAGGCCCUUAUGACCGGCGUCAUUGGCAUGCUUGCUGAAUGGACUGAUGAACGCCGUGUGGUGGGACUGGGUGGCGAGCGUAUUCUGGCUGGUGGUGCAGCUAGCUCCACCGCUUGCGGCUGGGUACACCUCGCACUGGUUAAGAACAUUCUUGAACGAGUUCUGGGUGUGAGUGCUGGCACUAACCGUUGCUCCCGGGAAGAGCGCAAGCUCCUAUUCUCUCUGCUCAGCAAGCUCUACAUUGCGGCCCCCACGCUUCCCUCACGUGCUAGUUCUCGCGCUCCCGAGGGCGAAGAUCAAUUCCGCAGUAGUAUUCGAAGCGCCACUGGUAUCGAGAUUGAUCCCGACAAUGUCCAAUUGGCCCAAGAGGUCAAGGAAUUGUUGGACCAGACCAUUGACGAGGGCUUGGCUGGGGAAGCUUCCAGUCGCAAUGCCCUGGUGAAAAGCAAGAACGCCAUUCUCAAGAUUCUUGCCGUUGCCCAGGACGCUCGCGCUGCCAGCGUUCGCCCGCGUGCUGGUACUGAGGAUCUGGAAAGUGACGCUGGGAGCGUUCGAUCCUUUAGUGUCCGUCGCUCUGUUGAGCCGAGCAGUCGCCGCCACAUGUCUGUGGAACCUAGCAUCAUGGAGGAAGAUGAAGGCGACAGCGGAAUUCGCUCUGGUAGCGUGCGACCUACUGUUGAGGGCGGGUUUGCCACUCGGAAUGUAGUCUCCAUCGAGCCUAGCAUCAUGGAGGAAGAUGAAGAUGAUGACCAUGACACCAGCCGCGGCACCGUAAUCAAGGAAGAGGUUGCCGAUGAAUGA